CCGCCACGGGGUAGCCCCAGAGUUGGUGGCCGCCGAGUCCCGGCCACCAGCGGUGGCCUCCGCCCCUCCGGCCCGCCAUGCCUCGGGGCCCGGAGGCGCCGGUGCAGGUGUGGGUGGGCAGCCAGCUCUUCCAGGCGGACCAGGCCCUGCUGGUGGAGCACUGCGGCUUCUUCCGCGGCCUCUUCCGCUCCGGCAUGCGGGAGGCGCGCGCGGCCGAGGUGCGCCUGGGCGCGCUGAGCGCCGGCGGCUUCCGCACCACGCUGCAGGUGCUGCGCGGCGAGCGGCCGGCGCUGGCGGCCGACGACGAGCUGCUGCAGGCCGUGGAGUGCGCCGCCUUCCUGCAGGCGCCGGCGCUCGCGCGCUUCCUGGAGCACAGCCUCACGUCGGACAACUGCGCGCUGCUGUGCGACGCGGCCGCCGCCUUCGGCCUGCGCGACGUCUUCCACAGCGCCGCGCACUUCAUCCGCGACGGCGCGUGCGAGCUGGCGGCCGAGCUGGCGCUGCCCGAGGCCCGCGCGUACGUGGCGGCGCUGCGGCCCAGCAGCUACGUGGCCGUGAGCACGCACACGCCCGCGCCCGGCUUCCUGGAGGAUGCGUCGCGCACCAUGUGCUACCUGGACGAGGAGGAGGACUCGUGGCACACGCUGGCCACGCUGCCCCUGGAGGCCAGCACCCUGCUGGCAGGCGUGGCCACGCUGGGCAACAAGCUCUACAUCGUGGGCGGCGUGCGGGGCGCCAGCAAGGAGGUGGUGGAGCUGGGCUUCUGCUAUGAUCCCGAGGGCGGCACGUGGCGCGAGUUCCCGAGCCCGCACCAGCCGCGCUAUGACACCGCGCUGGUCGGCUUCGACGGCCGCCUCUACGCCAUUGGCGGCGAGUUCCAGAGGAUGCCCAUGAGCUCCGUGGAGCGGUACGACCCGGCCGCAGGCUGCUGGAGCUUCGUGGCCGACCUGCCGCAGCCGGCUGCAGGCGUGCCCUGCGCGCAGGCCCGGGGCCGCCUCUUCGUGUGCCUGUGGCGGCCGGCCGACACCACGGCCGUAGUGGAGUACUCAGUGCGAGCCGACACGUGGCUGCCGGUGGCCGAGCUGCGGCGCCCGCAGAGCUACGGCCACUGCAUGGUGGCCCACCGCGACAGUCUCUAUGUGGUGCGCAACGGACCUUCCGACGACUUCCUACACUGUGCCAUCGACUGUCUCAACCUGGCCACGGGCCAGUGGACGGCACUGCCCGGCCAGUUCGUCAACAGCAAGGGGGCACUUUUCACGGCCGUGGUGCGCGGUGACCUCGUCUAUACCGUCAACCGCAUGUUCACGCUGCUCUAUGCCAUCGAGGGCGGCACUUGGCGGCUGCUCAGGGAGAAGGCCGGCUUCCCGCGGCCGGGGUCCUUGCAGACGUUUCUUCUGAGACUGCCUCCUGGUGCCUCUGGGCCUGUGGCCUCGACGACGCCAGAACUGUGAUCCCUGGGCUGGUCUUUAGCGGGAGACGCCCGGAGUCUUCCCUGAGCCGUGGCUGAGUCUAUGAGACUGGCCUUGGGAGCUGCUUAGAACUUCUCUCUCCGUGGUUGAAGCAUCCGGGUCUUGUGACUUCUGACGUGAACAUGUCCAGGAAGCUCAGGGAGUAACGACAACGCUGGGGUCUGAGCCCUUAUAUUACUUGGGCUCUGCCUAGAGCUGGUGGGUCACAAUGUCAGUGGAAGGAGUAGGGGGCUAGAAUUCAAUAUCCAGGCUUGUGUGUGAAUGGGCCAGAAAUUGAGCGUGGCUAGCAGUGUGUUAAGUGAUGUUAAAUUGCCAACCAGUAGACAAGAAUUAGGCACCUACUGUGUGCCCAGCCCAUUGCUAGGCCUGAUGUGGCUGUGAUUGCCAGACUGGGGUCCACAAAGCUUAGAACAUAGGCCAGGACAACACACUUGUCUUGAUCCGCAGAGGGCUGAAGGCAACGUGCAAAAAACCCCAUAGUAUAAUAAAAAAGUACUGAAGAAAUCAGGGCAAAGAGAAAAUAGAGGAGAAAUAUGUAACUCCAGAAGGAGGAUAGUAUACAAACUGUAUGAAGACGACAGGCCAGAGCAUUAGCUGCUGAAAGGGGGGUUUCAGACUGGAGAAGGUGAGAGCUCAGAAGAGAGGGAGGGGCGGGGGAAAGCUGGAGCAGAUGGGAAGAACGUCUGUGAGCCCAGCCUUUAAGGCAGAGCAGCUGUAGCUGGAGGCAUUUGGGGAGGGCAUGAAGCUGGGCCAGCGUGUAGAGACAAUAACUGAGCUGAACCUAAAGUGAGACCAAUGAAAGAGAAAGGGUUCCCCACAUCCCCUUAUAGGAUGGGACCCGCAGGGGACAACCCAAUUGUAAGCCCUUUGCCCACUUCCUUUUUUGCCAUCACCCCAGCAGUAGUGGACUCUUAACUUCCAUGACUUCACGUCACUCAAGGUAUGAGCCUAAUCCUGGCCAGGUCUAACUGCCUCAUCUUCCUCAGGUGUAUCACCCCCCAACAUUCUGCAGGUUAAUUCUCUUCUCCAAGCCUCUGCUCCUGCCAUUCCCUGGACCUGGAAUGCCUUUCCUCUUCCUUUCUCUCUGUUGGUUCUGUACCAUCGUCCUCUGUGCAGGGUUGGCUGUUCCUGGCCUUGGCUGCCUGCAUUGCUCAUUGGGCCCCUGACUGACGUCAUUCUGUGUGUGUGUGUGUGUGUGUAGCCAUGCUCGUAUGCCGAUAGCAAGCGCAGAGAUCCCACUGUGCUGUCAACUGAGCUGGGGCACUCUCCUGCCCGCAGAAUAAAAUGAUGAGGUCCUGAAAGAACCCGGGCUGUAGAGGCCACUAGUUAGGGACCUGGUGUUAGAUGAGGACUCUUGUCCAUCCCUUAGAAUACCCCCACCCUGGUUUCUGGUCAGACACCCUCUCCAGUUCCCCAGCCUCUCCAUGUCCCUGGGCAGACUUACCUAAGUGGUCCUGAAUGGUCUCUAUCCUCCAGGACCCACGGCCCCUGGGAAACCCUGGCCUCACUGCAAGUGGAGAAUGUAGCAUCAGCAUGGGACCUCCUGGGCAUGGAGCCUCGUGUCAGGGCUGCCCCUAGCUGCCUUUUCCCCUGACCCACGUCGCAAGCCCUGGAGAAUGCUGCCCUCAGAAGUCCAGGAACUUCUGGCCCUGGACAAGCCUAGUCUGAUGAGUCACAACAAUAAAUCCUGACUUUUGCAUCCCGUGAA